AUGCUCGCUCGAGGAUGCUAUUCCUCGUCGCUGCGUGGUGCGAGCUACCAAAUCCGCCACAAUUCCUCAUAUCCUCUCCAUCGCUUCGCUGAGCUCGCCCGACGGCCGGAGUCCCAGCACCAAAUCUACCAGUCGUUGUCGACCGAUCCUUACGUCAAUCUUUCGAUCGAGCACUUCCUGCUAGAAAAUGCCCCGACCGACUCCAGCAUCCUUUUCCUUUAUAUCAAUCAGCCAUGUGUUGUGAUCGGUCGCAAUCAGAAUCCAUGGCUGGAGACCGACCUUCGAACGCUUUACAAUGACCGUCGCCGGGGGGCCGGCCAAGACGAUGCAGCUGUCUAUGUCCGACGACGUUCGGGCGGCGGAGCUGUCUUUCAUGAUGAGGGAAACCUCAACUAUAGUGUAAUAUCGCCGCGGGCUCCCUUCACACGGAAUAAACAUGCGGAAAUGGUGGUUCGCGCACUGCACCGCGUCGGCGCAGUCAAUACCAACGUAAACGAACGACACGACAUUGUCAUGCUCCCAUCAGAGGCGGGCAAGGAUAACAAUGAGCCUCCUUUUCGGAAAGUCUCCGGGUCUGCAUUCAAGUUGACCCGCCACCGCGCUCUACACCACGGUACUUGCUUACUAGAUUCGCCCAAUAUUCAUGAUCUUGGCCGGUUUUUGCGCUCCCCGGCGCGUGGUUAUAUCCAAGCGAAAGGAGUCGAGAGUGUUCGGUCACCAGUUGGAAAUGUAUCGGAUGCGCUGGCAGACUCUUUCUUUUCCAUGCAGGGGGUAAUGGACAAUGUCAUCGACGAGUUUGCCCGAUUGUAUGGAGUCGAUUCGGGUGCCGUCUUUCGGGCACGACGCGCACAUGCCAUUGAGCCGGAGAUCUUCGCCGGUGACAGCUGGGUCGCUGGAACAGUGGGAGAGAUGCAUGGCGAGCAGAUUCCCGAAAUUGGCAAGGGUAUUGCCGAAUUGCGCUCACUGGAGUGGAAGUAUACACAAACACCGCAAUUCACAUUUUCGACAUAUCCAAUUGAGGAGGAUCCUCGUGAGCGCCCGCCGCUGCCCCCCUCAUUGCCGUCAUCGACUCGCAUUUUCCUUCGUUUGAAACAUGGCACCAUUAUUGAAAGCAACAUUUCGAUCUCAUCAGAUUUGAGUGUAGCGUCUGACCAGGCACGGCGUGUUCAUGAAGUCCUGAACGGACAGAGGUUGCAUGAAAUGACCAUCGAACGCUGGGCUGAGAUGUUAAAGCAAGGUUUGAACACUGGUGAUGGUGUUGACAGUGCUCUAGUCCAGGAGUUGGCCCGGUACCUGGGUAACCUACUUGGGGGUCACUGA